UUUUUUUUUAAUGAGGAAAUGUGAAAGGAAAAAGAAAAGUUAAGAUCUCGGCGAUUAUUUUCUACUUGAAUCUUCUUGGGUUGUCCAGUUCGGUUCUUGUGAACCCUGUUGGCGUCCAGUUUGGUUCUUCUCAGCUUCGGCAGCUUUGUCUGAGUACUUCAACUUUCAUCAUGCCAGUGGACAUGAUGAGAAUCUGCCUCACCAGCUCUCCACCUCUGUGCCCUUUCCUCAACAACUGUGGCAACCGCCAGUCUUCUUCGGCAACUGUGCUGUUGCCACAUCGACCCUGUUUGGUUUCUGCACACUGCAGCAACACAAACAGCAGCAACUUUGCCACACCCAGCACAGCUUCAGCAACAACGACUGCAGAGAGCGGCAGAAGCCAAACAUGGUUACAGACGAAGAAGACUGUGGUGUUUGCGGACUCUCGAGGUCUAGCACUGACCGCUGUCCAUGUCUUCGAUAAAUCUGAUGAUGAUCCGCUGACAGAACUGCAGUUCCAGUUGAGUGAAGAAGAUGGAAUGGCAGCCAGACUUCUUUUGGGAGACAUCACGGACGCUGGUGGUUCAGACAUAGUUCUGGACUUCAUCCAACCAGGUGUGGACUAUCUGGAACUGAGGAACCGACUCAAAACCCAGCAAGUCUGUUUGGACACCUGUUCCGUCCAGGAGCGCCUGCUCUCUGGCACUGUGCAGGUUCAAAAUCUAUGUUUUGAGAAGUUGGUCUCCGUUAGAAUCACCUUUGAUUCGUGGCACACAUUCCAAGAUUUUCCUUGUCAGUACCUGAACAAGGUCUACGGUUGUCCUGAUAUUGACAUCUUCACCUUCUCCAUUGCGUUGCCGGCGGUCUUGAAGCUGCCAGAUGAGAUGGAGUUCUGCAUUCAAUACCAGACUGAAGAUAAGACUUACUGGGACAACAACUGCGGGAAUAAUUACCGGCUGACGGUGGUGUAUCCAAGCGCCAGGGGCAACUCGGAUGCUGCAGGGGUGGAGAGCCACAAACGCUGUGAGGCAUCCAAAAUGCAGGAAAUGGUGUUUGAUCACUUUGGAAGCCCAAGAACAUCAGUGGGUAUAUUCCCUGUGUGGCAGAGCUGGGGUCAACUAGAGACUGGUGCCCUCUACUGGUGAAGAAAGCACAGGAAUUUUUUGGUGGCACACUAACGGGCUAUUUUGGGGCUGAAGUCACAGUAUCAUUGCAUAAUCCCUAAAAUUCCUCUGUGUUGCUAUUUCUUUCCUCCUCACAGUUCAUUUGCAUUUUUGAAUGACUGCACCACCUGACCACAACAUCAGAGAUGAGCUUGACCAAUCCAGUCUCCAUUGAGUUUGCAUAGUUCCUGUUCUCUUGUUUGACCACACCCUGGAAUUCCAGUCUAGUUCUGUGGGCUGAGUCCUAAAGAUGGGUGCUAAUUCUUAGUGAGAUAAUCUGGCAUUUGGUCCCAUGGAGCAAGAACACUAUUUCAGCAAAUUUUGGGCAUCUCUGAACUUUUAAAUGGUCAAAGGGAUUUGUAAGGACUGUGUUUGAUUGAGAAACUGGAUGCUUGUAUGAAGACUGUGACAUGCUCAAAUAUGAGAUAAGUGUCGGAUUCUUCUUCCACCUCUGCUCAUUUUUGCAACAAUCAAGAAUUUUCAAACUUUACAGAAUUUCUUUGAUGUCAUGAGGAUUUCAGAGAACUGUCUUCAAGCUUUACAAGGAUGAAAAGGCUCUGAAGUCUUCAGGAAAACUGAACUUGGCUUCAUUGGUGGUGUUGCUGAUGUUGUUAAUAAAACUGUACAUUUUGCUUCAUAAUAUUUAAAAAAGCAUUGGAGCAUUUCAUUAGAUUCAGUGAGUUUUAAAAAUGUUACGCUGAGGACAACUUCGGUGUUUUUGUUCCUGAGCUCUUUGGGUCUUUUUUUUUCUUCUUCUACUUUAUGGUCAUUUUGUUUUAUGUUUCAUGAUAUUCCUGAAAUAAGACCAGUGCCAUGCGCCACAGUGUCUGUUAAACCUUCAGUAUGCAGAGAAAGAAGACUUCUCAAUAUAAGAGACUAAUUUGUAUUUUAUUGAAUUAAAAGAGGAAAGUAUGAAUCCUUGUCUUAAGCUGUACUGUGCACUAAACUAUGCAUUCCAGGGACAUUAUUUAUGAAAGCAUUCAGAGCCGGUCCCGUUGGAUUUUUAAGUUUUUUUUGUUUAAGUAUGUUUGUGUUUCACAACUGAGAAUCAAUAAAGAGUUAAAA